GGUGGGGGCGGGGCGAGCGCCGCGAACCUGGGAAGCGGAUCUGACCGCGCAGUUCGCACUGUCAGGUCUGGGCGGGCCCAGAGAGGGACCCCCUAGCCGCUCUCCCCAUGGGGAUGUGUUUUCCCUGUCCGGGGGAGUCCGCGCCUCCCUCGCCGGACCUGGAAGAGAAAAGAGCAAAGCUUGCAGAGGCUGCAGAGAGAAGACAGAAGGAGGCUGCAUCUCGGGGCAUUUUGGAUGUUCGGUCUGUGGAAGAAAAGAGAAAGAAAAAGGAAAAAAUAGAAAAACAAAUUGCUACAUCUGGGCCCCCACCAGAAGGUGGACUUAGGUGGACAGUUUCAUAAGCGUAACGUGAGUAGAAAAGUCUACUGCCAGUAACUAAUAUCUGCAAUCAAGUGGACGUCCGCAGCCUAAUGUCUUCUCUUUGAAUAAAUAAAAUAAUUUAUUGUAAUUGUAGUGCCAUUAAAUGCAGUCAGUGCUUUUCCAGUAUUGAUAGACCGAAACUGUUUUUGAUGUUCAAACUUAGAAAAUGGCCAGACCCUUCAGCAAAUACUUAUUUUCUUACAUUUGCUCUUGUGCAGGUAGUGGGUGAUUUGCCAUUUUUUAGUAAUUAAAACAUGGACCUAAAUAGUGAAUAUAUAUAUAUAUAUAUAUAUGUCGCAUGCAAAAAGUCUGCAUACACCUCAGACGUUAAAGUUUGCCAUUGUAUUUUCUCUCCUUUAUACGAUGACCUAGCAAUCUAUAUUUUUCUGCUUAGCCUUGUAUCUGUUUUUAUUUAUUAUCUAUGAAGGCUUUUGCUUAAAAUUAUGGACUUUGUGCCUUUAAACUGAUCAUCAGGGAAAAUGUUGAAAAUCAUUUGAAGGGCUUAUGUGAAGGGACACUAAAUUUUUGUAUCUUACCAAUGAAUGAGUAAUGAAAAUUUGUAGAAACUGUUGAAUUUCUCCUAAUUUAUUUUCUAUUUCUGUGGCUUAUAAAAUUAACAUGUAGGGUUUUACAUUGCAAUAAAAGUGUUUUUUUGCUUGCUGAA